CACCAUCCUUCUCUUGCUUCGGCUGCCGCCGCUUGUGUUGGACUGGAUCGCACUGAUUGAUCGUCGGGUGCCUUUCCCGGAGGAAACCCUCCCCACGAAGGAGCGAAGAGGACCAGGAGGAAGUGUGGUGGAGGGAGGUGGGGGGCGGGAGAGAACUCGCGAUCCGCUGCUGUGGUAGUGCUGGUGCUGUUGUUGUUGGUGGUGGUGUUGGAGGUGGUGGUGGCUGUUCGGUGCACAUGACGCGCAGGAGAAAAAAGUGCGUGGGCGGAUGAGGAAGUUGAGAGCUGGGAUUGAUGGUUCCACACCUUUUCACUGCGCUGGCACUUGAUCGCGGCAGCAACGCAGCAGCAGCAGCGGCAACAGCAGCAGCACUCCACCGGUUCCUGCGAUCAGAGGUGAUCCGCGCGUGGGAAAAUGACAAUCAAGUUUGUGGUCACCCUCUUCACACUUUUGCUCGCUGGAGGUGCUCGCUCUGAUUUACGGGAAUAUGGCGACGACGAUGAGGAUCAUCAGGACACCACUGUCAAUCAAAUGCUGGUGCCCAGGUCGCACCAGGAGGACGCCACGCUCAUUCUGAACAAUUUGCUCAAGGAGUACGACAAGACUCUGCGCCCAGACAUCGGAGAGAAACCAACAGUCAUAGAUGUGGGCAUCUAUAUCAACAGCAUCGGCCCUGUGUCAUCCAUUGAUAUGGAGUACCAGAUCGAUAUUAUCUUCGCCCAGACCUGGGUGGACACUCGUCUGCGGUAUAACAGCAGCAGCAUGCGGAUUCUAACCCUCAACAGCAAUAUGGUCGGUCUGAUCUGGCUGCCCGACACCAUCUUUAGAAAUUCCAAGAAUGCCGAUUCUCACUGGAUAACGACGCCCAAUCAGCUGCUCCGGAUCUGGAACAAUGGGAAAAUACUUUACACUCUGAGGAUGACCAUCAACGCAGAGUGCCAGCUGCAGCUCCAUAAUUUCCCAAUGGAUGAACACUCCUGUCCUCUCAUCUUCUCUAGCUACGGCUACCCACGAGAUGAGAUUGUGUACAAAUGGAAGCGAAACUCAGUGGAGACAUCUGAUCAGAAAUACUGGAGGCUUUACCAGUUUGACUUCAUGGGGCUCAGAAACACUACGGAUGUCCUCACGACUACGGCUGGUGACUACGUGUUAAUGACCGUUUACUUCGACCUCAGCAGGAGGAUGGGCUACUUCACCAUCCAGACCUACAUCCCCUGCAUCCUGACUGUGGUUCUCUCCUGGGUCUCCUUCUGGAUCAAGAGUGAUGCCACUCCUGCAAGGACGGCUUUAGGAAUCACCACAGUGCUGACCAUGACCACGCUGAGCACAGUGGCCAGAAACUCUAUUCCUAGAGUAUCCUACGUAACCGCCAUGGACCUGUUUGUCACCGUCUGCUUCAUGUUUGUCUUCGCUGCCAUGAUUGAGUACGCCAUGCUCAACUACUACUCCUACAGUAUACGCAGACCUCCCCCAAAGAAGAGAAUGGCCUACUCAUCUUUCAACAUGGGUCCCACCCCUCGACCUAUGAUGCCCAUGGGCAACUCCUUGUUCUGGCAUGACUAUGAUGACAGUUGUCUGCAUGAGUGCCUGGAUGGAAAGGACUGCAAGAGCUUCUUCUGCUGCUACGAGGAAUGUAAAGAAGGCGGCUGGAGGAAAGGACGGAUCCACGUCAACAUCCGCGAGCUGGAUGCCUACUCCCGCGUUUUCUUCCCCACUUCGUUCUUGCUCUUUAACAUUGUGUACUGGGUCAGCUACCUCUACCUCUAGUCUGUCUCAAGCCGUGAUGUGUGGGCACUGCUGAAACAGCCCGCGGCACUUUGCACCACGGCUUGUAAUUUGAGGUCAGUGCUAAACGUAGGGGAAGAAAUGAGGUGGAUCUGCUGUGUAGGACUUGUGAGGCUGCUGCCUCUGGAGUGAUAUGACGUAUUCAAAAAUACAUGUGUGCUGGCGUGCACAAUGUAAAGGCCAUGAUACUUUGAGCAGUGCCACUCCACCGUGAAUAAAUCGCUUAGCAGUAGAAUAACAAGCCGCCAGCAUUAACUUGAAUGGAUGGGUCCCACUUAUGACUCUCUCAGAAACCAAACAACAGACAGCUGUGACUUCAGAGACAUUUGGGAACAGGGGUUGCAGAGCUGACUCUUGGUCGCGGAGAUGGCGAAGCACCCAUAGUGCCUUCUUUAGAAAGGGUGCGGCACCGAGAGAAGCAGCUUCAGAGUUCCCUUCAUUAUCUUUAUUACCUCAUCCAUCACACCGCCGCAUGCUGAGCUGUUUAGUCUUUGAUGAAACAAACCCAGAACACAGUUCUCACCACUGGAGAUGUUUAAAAACCAACGCUCACCAUUCAUUUCGUAGCACAUUAGUUUUAGUUGUACCCUAGAAUUAGUUCCCUUUUUGAGAAUAGUUGUUUUCUUGUUCUUCUUCUUAUUGGAACUAGUUGUUCUUUCACAGCAGGUCACAUCAGCUGUUACUUGUUAAAUAUGGGUUCAAGUCAGGGGCAGUGGUUGUAUGGUAAAAUCUUAUUUAUUGAGUCAGUGACUUUUUUGUUGAACAUGACUAUUUUGUUUGAACAUGCCAUUUACAGUAUAUGCCAAGAAGAUUUGGGAGUUUUUAAUGAAUGCUGGGCUAUAUUCGCACACAACAACUAUAUAAAGACUGCAUAAUGUCUGCAGACUGAUCUAAAGCUACCUGGGCAUAUUUUGUAUGUUGCAGUAAACAGAUUGGGGUUGGAGUACUGCUGCUUUUUUCCAAGAACACAUCAGUUUAAAACAAAAGGGGUUUUUUUCUUACUUAAACAGACUUUGAGUUUUUAAUAUAAUUUAUGCCUUACUUAGGCUUAAAGGAAAAAUUGGAUAUUUCCGAAAUUGUACUUUAUAUUCUCAAAUAAUGGUCUUUAUUUAGCUCUUUAUUUAGUUUACUGGUAGAAGACUUCAUUUGGGGCUUGUAGGUUUAUUUAAGAGAGAGGUUUUAAUUCCAAAUGUAUCGUCUUUCCAGUAAAAGCAAAAUGAACCCUUUUUACUGCAUUUAACGUUUUUCUAUAUAGGGUCUAUGUAUACAAUUUAUAGCUGAAAUACAGCGACAAAAUAUUAACUGGCCUUUUUCCCUGAAUGACAUUAUCCCUCCUUAAUUUUUUUAUGAUCCAACAAUUUACUUGUGCUUCCUUCAGGCACACUUACCUUAGAGAAUAAAGCCCAUGGCUUUCUUUGCCAAGAGUUCAUUGAGGAGACUGAUUAAUGUCUGAAUAUGAAAGUAGCAGCCAGUAGCUAGCAAGCCUGAUACAAACACUGAAACUUGGGAGAAGCAUCCAGAUCUGCCUAAAGGGAUAUCUGCCAGGACCUGUAAAACUUACAGUUUUUGGACUUGUAAAUUCUUUGGCAACUAAAGACAUAAGUUAGCACUUUUACUCUUUAGGUUAAACAGUAACUAGUUAGCGAGCUUUACGUAGAGCUAUUAAACAAACUUUAGUCUUUUUGUUUUUUUCUGAUUUGACAGUUGUUAAAUACAGUUUACAUUUGGCAUACCGAAAUGAGAAUAUACACUGUAUAUAAAAGCUAGCCAACGGCCAUUAUGAUUGGUUCAAGUUCAAUGUUGAAGCCUUUAGCUACUUUGAAACCAGGUGUGAUGAGCAACUGGAUGGUUCAAGUAAGACAUCAAGGAACGCUGCACUCUCAAAAGGUAGCAACUUGUCUGUUACAGUGUAGCCCCGCUCUAAAGCAUACCCUAAAUAAUAAAGUGUUUGCUGAAGUCAUAGAUAAGCUGAGCCAAAAAAUUUUCAGUGCAGUCACCCGCCUUGCUGGCCACUGGUUUAUGGGAUGUCCACACUGGCUUCACUAUUCAGAUCUAUCUUUCAUUCUUUUAUAUACAGUACAUACAUAUUGAAUAACAUUUUCUCAUUCAACUUCAGGCAAACAUAUUUUAACCCCCCCCCCCGGAAAAAAAAAUUAUAAGCUACAAAUGAUAUAGCUCUGAGUAAAGACAAAUUAUUGUGCCAGCAUGAAAAUAGUUAAACAGGUAAAAUUCUGGCCACAAGCCACUUAAACCCUGAAGAAAUGCAUAUAUGCUGCACCUGGCCCGUUCAGUUUCAGAAUUAUAGCUUGAGUGUAUUAAAUUGAAGCCCUGAUGAAAGCUUCAGUUUUGCUUACUUUUUAUUUUCAGUCGAAAAAUGAAAGGAAUCUCUGAUGUCCUGCCAGGCCCUUAAGGCACAUCGUCCUGUGCCCAGGUGGAAAUGAUCCCAGGUACUGUAAAAUAGGUUCUACAUAUUGUGAUAUCACAUACACAAAUGCACACACACAAAAACACACACAGAUGCUACAUUGGACAGUGUUGAAAAAUGGAUGAUACAAGAUUCUUCUUGAUGACUCUAAAUGGAGUCCCACAUCCCCUCCUCAAACAUGUAAAAUUGAUGCCAUAUGUGGAGGCGUGCAGACACACGUUGGACUGGGCCAGUGGCAUUUCAGACAUGCUUUUGUUUACUGUAAGGUGUUUUUUGCAGUUGUUUGGCUUUGUAGAACAAUCAGCCCUUUUCCUCUCUCUUUCCCAACACACACACUUUUUCCCUGGUAUUUGUAUGUUCAGAGAAAAGCUUUUAUGUAAGUUGUAUCUAAUUAAUGUUUCUAUUUUCAUACAGGUAUAUAUGGAAUGUAUGUUAGGCCAGUAGCAAGGCCACAGUCAAUCUGGUUUCAGUUCAGUCAGUUCGAGCAGCUUAGAUGAGUUUAUAUUUAAGGAUCCCACAUAUUUUAUUUAUGUGGCCUCCAAGAGCCAUUUGUGUCCUGUCCAGAGGUUUUUAAGUAAAAAUCAAAUAGCCUCAAGGGACGCUGGACAAAACAACAGAACAACCAAUUAAUUAUGGGCCACAUCUUAUUCUGCUUAUUUAACUUCUUCUUUUUGAUUUUACCCCAUGAAAAAAAUGUAUGGACAUCUUCAAAAACUAGGAGAUGUUAUAUUUCAAAUGACGUCUCAUAUAUUGAGGCAUUACACUUUUCCUGAUAAAAUAUUUAUCAUUUGGAUUUUCAAACAGUUCAACUUUCUACAAAAAGGAACUGUAACCCUAACCCUAAAAAGGAACGCCAAUAACCUUGUGAUAGUUAAACUCUUAACUUCUACAAGGUUACGACCAACCAGCCUAGGGUUAGAGCAGGGGUGCCCAAUCCUAGUCCUCGAGAGCUACUGUCCUGCAGCUUUUAGAUGCAUCCCUACUCCAACACAGCUGAAUCAAAUGGUUUGAUGACCUCUUCAGCAUGUCAUCAAG